AUGGCAACUUCUCUCCCUUCCAGCUCCUGCUUGACGCGUCAUUCUCUGCCUGUCCUUCUUGGGGCCUGCGACGAGUAUACAUGUGCUGAGAUGAGAUACCGACGAGGAAAUGGGGGGCCAGGGGAGAGAGAAGCUGCGAAAGGCGCAUUGGGAGGAGGGGAAGGGGACGUUAGUCGAACGACCCCGAUAUCUAUACUCGAGAUGAAAAGAACCUCGAUCGCCCAAUUUGGACCUGCAUCCAUAUGCAUCGCCCCCACAGCCGUCCCGGCGCAUCAGCCUUCGGUUCCUGUGAUCCUGUUGCGCCCCGAAAUGGCCUCAAUUGUCGACCGCAGUGGAUUUAGUGCAAAUUAG